CCCAGGCACCUAGGUGUCCCAAACAAUUUACCUAUAUAUAUGUGUGUGUAGUGUUAUGCAUCACCUCAUUUAUUACUUCAUAGACUCAUUUAGUAUUGGGAACCGUUAUGUGAUGGUAACAUAUUAUGUUACUCUAUUUGUCUCUUUCCUUUUUAAUUACUUGCCACAUCACAUUUUUUGCUUAUGUGGCAUGCAUGUUACUACCUAUGUUACUCUCAUUAUGAUUAGCUUUAACGGAGUUGACUUUCGAGCCAGGUGGACCUAAUGGGUGGGCUCCAGCUGUCAUAAGCCUGAUUACAUUUUAAUCAUGCAUCCAUUUGUGUUUUUUGAAACAGAAAACAACUGAAGUGGUAGGUAGCUGUCAUGUUUUUAAAAGAGGUAGGUUUUCAGAACCAGUUUGUCUAAUUCACAUCUAGAUGUUUUUUAAGGAUGUCACAUCUAAACUCCCACAAGUAUAUAAUGUAGCAACAAGAAACAAAAAAACUAGGACAAAAGAAAUAGAUCACAAACAGAGUGGACAUCAACUUAUGUCACAUCUAGAUGUGUCCUAGACAGACCUUUUCAGAACCCUAACCUGAAAAAUGAUGAUUUUAUGUUAUUCACUGAAAAAUACGCUACUGUCCCCUGACAUGUGCGAUUAGCAGCAUAGGUCAAAGAUGCUAGUGUACUCAACUAAAAAGGAAGGAGAUGCUAGUAUACUCAAAAUACUAGGAAGAAGUGUCGACGAUGGCGCCUGCAUGCAGAUAUAGCUUUACGAUGGUCGUUCUUCUUGAUGGCGUGUUUGAUUUCUUGUUGGUUGCCGCAUCGGUCUUGCGGUCGUCUCUGCAGUUUUGCGGACGCGGGAGUUUUUCUUCAAGAUGCACAUGAACCUGUGUGAACAAUAAAAUCUAGACAAUUACCUAGAAAGCCCAAAGAAAAUUCCAUAUAGUAUAUUUUUUGACAACAAACAUGGUUGUCUAUUCUACGCACCAAUGAAUUUGAAGAAAUGUCAUUCGCCGUGCUCUAAAAACAUUUUUUAAACACUCUGUAUAUUAUAUCUUCACGGAAAUAUGCACCUAGGUAAACACCAAAUCAGGUUUGUUUAAAAAAUGCAAGUAGAUGUUUGUAUUUGAAAUUUUUUGUCAUUUUUUAAGAUUUUGUUACUGUGCAUUUGAGCCGACACGACUUUUGAGUGUUUCACACGCAUGAAAGAUCCUGUAGCGUGAAGUCCUGAACGGCGUGCCUAUAAACCUCUGCACGGGCGUGCUGAUUACAGAAGCUACCGAGCACCCUUCUCGAAUACACGUCUCCCGCCCUCACACCACGACACACAACAAGCGCGGCAGCACGCACGAACCAGCGACCAAGAACUGAGCAGCGCCCGAUCAUGGCCGCCGCCGCUGCCACGGCCACGCCGUCGGCCAUCGCGCCGCCGGGCCCGCGUCUCCUCCCUCAUCGGGCAUCGCCAGGCUCACGCAGAAGGGUGACGCCGCUGCCGCGGUGGGUCGCGUCCGCGUCCGCGUCCAAGAGCCGAGCCCCGAGGCCGCGGCCCGCGUCGCCGGCGGCGUCGUCGUCGAUGCACGCGACGAUCAAGUCCGGGAGUAGACCAGGGGUGAGGGAGUACGUGGAGGCUGCGCGGGAGAUGGCGCGGCGGCCGGACGGCGGGCCGCCGAGGUGGUUCGCGCCGCUCGGGUGCGCCGGCGGCGAGCGCGUCCCCGGCGCGCCGACGCUGCUCUACUUGCCUGGCAUCGAUGGAGUUGGAUUAGGGCUCAUCCGGCACCACGAGAGAUUAGCAAAGUAUAAGACCAAUCACAAGAGAUCCAAGGUUGUGUCUCUCUUUUUUCACCCACCACUGCAGCUAAUGACAGUUUGUGUUCUACUCUGCAGAAUGUUCGACGUUUGGUGCUUGCAUAUACCCGUCCAAGACCGCACGACCUUCCAAGGUCUUGUUGAGUACGUGGAGAGGACAGUGAAAUCAGAGAGGUCACGGGCACCGGACAGACCAGUCUAUCUUGUUGGAGAAUCCAUCGGAGCGUGCAUUGCUCUCGCCGUGGCGGCGCGGAACCGAGACGUCGAUUUGGUAUUGGUCCUAGUCAACCCAGGAACAUCUUUCCACAGGUCACAGCUGCAGUCUCUCUCAGCAUUCCUGGAUUUGGUCCCUGAUCCAUUCCAUUUAAGCACUCCGCAGUUCCUAAAUUUCCUCACAGGCAACUUCAUGAAGAUGUCUCCAAGAUUUGAUGAAGCUGGUCAGGCAUUGUCAGAGGUCACCACUGGUUUGCUGCCUUCUCUCAUGUACCUGACUGAUAUUUUGCCAAAGGAAUCCAUUGUGUGGAAGUUGAAAAUGUUGAGGACGGCGGCAUCAUAUGUCAAUUCUCGCUUACAUGCAGUCAAAGCCCAGACCCUGGUGGUUGCUAGUGGAAAUGAUGAACUGCUGCCAAGCCGCGACGAGGCUGAAAGGCUACGUGCCAAGCUAAAGAACUGCAGAAUCCGUCACUUCAGGGACAAUGGCCACAAAAUCUUGCUGGAAGAUGGGUUUGAUCUAGCGACAAGCAUUAAAGGAUCUACAUACUAUCGCCGCUCCAGGCAGCCAGACUUUGUUUCAGACUAUCUACCGCCAACUCCCGAUGAGCUCGAAAAGGCGAUUGAUCACGACAGGCUCCUGAAUUUUGCCACUGACCCGGUGAUGCUAUCGACACUGACUGAUGGGAGGAUAGUGAGGGGACUGGCAGGGCUGCCAAGGGAGGGCCCUGUCCUGUUCGUUGGGUACCACAUGCUCAUGGGGUUUGAGCUUGGACCCUUGGUCACAGGAGUGCUGAAAAGCACUGGAAUCCACAUCCGCGGCUUAGCGCAUCCAUUCUUGUUCAACGAGAGUUCAGAGCAGCUCAUGCCGGAUACGUCGUAUUUCGAUCUCCCCCGGAUCAUGGGUGCGGUGCCUGUUACCGGGGUGAACUUUUACAAGCUCCUUUCAGAGAAGCAGUUCGUGCUGCUGUUCCCGGGAGGCGCGCGUGAAGCUCUUCAUAGGAAGGGGGAGGAAUACAAGCUGUUUUGGCCUGAGCAAUCUGAGUUCGUGCGGAUGGCGUCAAGGUUUGGAGCAACAAUCGUACCAUUUGGAGUGGUCGGAGAAGAUGAUAUAUGUGAUUUGUUGUUAGACUACAAUGAUCUUGUGAAGCUCCCAUUUUAUGACACCAUUGACAAGAAGAUAAAUGAAGGUGGUCUAAGAAAGCUAAGGACUGAUUCUACGGGAGAGAUAAAAAACCAAGAUAUGCAUCCUGUAGUGCUUACGCCAAAAGUGCCAGGGAGGUUUUACUUCAUCUUUGGGAAGCCUAUUGAAACAAGAGGGAGGGAGAAGGAGCUAAGAGACAAAGAGAAGGCCCAGCACCUGUAUUUGCAUGUCAAAUCUGAAGUGGAGAGCUGCAUCAAGUAUCUGAAGGAGAAGAGAGAGGAGGAUCCCUACAGGAGCAUACUGCCCAGGCUUCUGUAUCAGGCAACUCAUGGUUCUGAUGCAGAAAUACCCACAUUUGAACCCUGAGGCUGAGAAGAGCACUUCCAGAACACUAUUAGUUAGGACCCAAACCAAUUGUUUAUAUUCUUCGUGUUAACAUUUUACAUACAUAGUUAUUUGUUAUUAAUUUACCUGAAGAUAAUUGUAGUUUAUUCAUUUUUUUCAGGGAAAUUAUAGUUGUCGGAGUGUAAACUCCGGACACCAGGGAUCAAGGAUACCCUGUAUUUGCGUGUUCGGUAAAGGCUCUAGGUUUCUCUGAGUAAGCGGCAAAUUUUGUUUCGCUCUAUUUGAACCUGGUUAGUUAGGGACCUUAUUCGAAAAGAACAUUUCAGAAUCCAUCCAAUUUUUAUGAAAUUUCCGAAAAAGGAUUUUUCCCCGCUUUAUAUUAUAAAGCAACUUCCAUCGAUCACAAGAUAACUGAUGAGGCAAACAGCAC